CACCAUAUAGAUUCUAUGAGGCAGUUGGUUUGUUUCGUUUAGCUGUUUGUACCUGACAUUUCGGGGUCUAUUUCAUUGUUUUAAUAUCUGUAUAGGAUCCUGUUAAAAUCUAUUUAACGGGGGUGGCUCAUCGGAGGAAAUGGAGUUUGUCCCUCCACCGGAAUGCCCGGUAUUUGAGCCAACUCGGGAGGAAUUUGCUGACCCCUAUGCAUUUAUCAAUAAGAUUAGACCGAUUGCAGAGCAAAGCGGCAUAUGUAAAGUCAGGCCACCACAGGACUGGCAACCACCUUUUGCAUGUGAUGUGGAUAAGCUUCACUUCACACCGAGGAUCCAGAGACUGAAUGAGCUGGAGGCUCAGACCAGGGUGAAGCUGAACUUCUUGGACCAGAUUGCCAAGUUUUGGGAGCUUCAAGGAUGUACUCUGAAGAUUCCUCAUGUUGAACGCAAGAUAUUGGACUUAUUUCAGCUAAACAAGUUGGUGGCUGAAGAAGGAGGCCUUGAAGUGGUUUGCAGAGAAAGGAAAUGGACCAAGAUUGCAACCAGAAUGGGUUUUGCUCCAGGAAAAGCAGUAGGGUCUCAUAUUAGAGGGCACUUUGAACGCAUUCUUUACCCUUACAAUUUGUUUCAAGCUAGUGCCAGCCUGACGGCUCCUGAUUCCUGUACAAAUAUCUCAGUCUUCCUGGAUAAUGCAGAGCUGGAAAAGAAACAGAUUCUUUCGGGACCUGAUGUGAAGGAAAAGGAAUACAAACCUCACGAUAUCCCACAGAGACAGUCUAUACAACCAUCUGAAAGCUGCACCGUUGCUAGACGGGCAAACCGCAUGAGACCAGAGACAGUUAAAAUUAAAACUGAAGAUGGUGAAACCAUUCAGUCAAGAACUCUGCGUCGUAGGAUGGAAUCCACUCCCCCUAGACAUGAAAAUGGUAAACAGAUUAAAUUUAUGAUUAAACACGAUCAAGUUGAAACAGUUAUCGGAAAGCCAAAAGGGUAUUCCAAGAAAUGCAGGAGCCUGGUGGAUUUAUAUGUCUGCCUUCUCUGUGGGAGUGGUAGUAAUGAGGAUCGUCUUCUGCUGUGUGACGGAUGUGAUGACAGCUACCACACUUUCUGUCUCGUUCCCCCUCUCCAUGAUGUUCCCAAGGGAGACUGGAGGUGUCCAAAAUGUUUAGCACAGGAAUGCAGUAAACCUCAAGAAGCAUUUGGUUUUGAGCAGGCAUCAAGAGAUUACACCUUACGCAUGUUUGGAGAAAUGGCUGAUAAUUUCAAAUCUGAUUAUUUCAACAUGCCUGUGCAUAUGGUACCUACAGAGCUAGUAGAAAAAGAAUUUUGGCGUUUGGUGAGUACUAUAGAAGAAGAUGUAACUGUGGAAUAUGGAGCGGACAUUGCUUCCAAAGAAUUUGGAAGUGGAUUUCCUGUACGUGAUGGGAAACUUCAUGUAAAGCCAGAAGAGGAGGAAUACCUGGAUUGUGGCUGGAAUCUCAACAAUAUGCCUGUGAUGGAGCCUUCUGUACUGACACACAUCACAGCUGAUAUCUGUGGAAUGAAGUUGCCAUGGCUUUAUGUGGGCAUGUGCUUUUCCUCCUUCUGUUGGCACAUUGAAGACCACUGGAGCUACUCUAUUAACUAUUUGCAUUGGGGGGAGCCAAAGACUUGGUAUGGAGCGCCUGGGUAUGCUGCAGAGCAAUUAGAAGAGGUGAUGAAGAAGCUGGCACCAGAGUUAUUUAUAGCACAACCAGAUCUCCUGCAUCAAUUAGUUACCAUCAUGAACCCAAAUACCCUGAUGGCUCACGGUGUGCCGAUAUAUCGCACCAAUCAGUGUGCUGGAGAGUUUGUUAUUACCUUUCCACGUGCUUAUCACAGCGGAUUUAACCAGGGCUUCAACUUUGCAGAGGCUGUGAAUUUCUGUACUGUGGAUUGGCUACCUCUUGGACGGCAGUGUGUUGAACAUUACAGAAUGCUAAACAGAUAUUGUGUGUUCUCUCAUGAUGAGAUGAUAUGCAAGAUGGCCAGUAAAGCAGAGCAGCUGAAUGUGGUUCUGGCAUCCUUUGUGCAGAAAGAUUUGUCUGUCAUGAUUAAUGAGGAAAGGACACUUCGUGAAGCUGUCAGAAAGCUGGGUGUUGUGCAAUCAGAAAAGAUUGACAUGGAGCUGCUUGCCGAUGAUGAGCGGCAGUGUGCCAAGUGUAAAACAACUUGUUUCAUAUCAGCAGUAUACUGUCCAUGCAGUCCUGGAACUCUUGUGUGUUUGCAUCAUGUGAAAGAUCUGUGUUCCUGUGCCACUUACAAGUAUAAGUUGUGCUAUCGUUACACCCUGGAUGACUUGUAUCCUAUGAUGAAUGCUGUGAAGCUACGAGCAGAGUCGUAUGACAAAUGGUCAUCAAAAGUUAUAGAUAUCCUGAAGACUUCAAGCCAUAAAAAGGACCUUUCAUGUCUACAACUGCUUGUGGCACAGUCUGAAGAGGAACAUUUUCCAGAAAAUGACCUCCUCCGUCACUUACGAGUGAUUGUAAAGGAUGCUGAAAAAUGUGAAGCGCUAGCUCAGCAAUUGCUAGAUGUCAGACGCCAUACAUGUUCAAGAUUUCGUUCAGGUGGUGGAAAGUCUCCGCAGCAGUUGACUGUUGCUGAAUUUAGGUCAUUUGUCAGACGGCUUAAUUCUCUGCCUUGUGUUAUUAAUCAGGCAUCUCAGCUCAAGGACUUGCUGCAUCAUGUGCAAGAGUUCCAAAUGCGGGGCCAGAUACUGCUUACUGAAGAUAAGCCUCAAGUCAGUGAACUGCAGCGACUGCUUGACUACAGCUUCCAGUUUGACUUGGAUUUACCAUUAGGAAAGCUAUGGGAGCGCUUGGCGCAGGCACGAUGGCUGGAGGAACAGGAGCAUGCAUGCCAACAUCCUGAGAAACUUACCCUUGAGAUUAUAAGGAGGCUUAUAGAUUUGGGUUUUGGGCUCACACCCCACUCGUCUGUUGAGAAGGCAAUUGCCAAACUACAGGAGAUUCUUACAAUAUGUGAACAUUGGGAGGAAAAAUGCAGGAGUCUUUUGAAAGCCAGAUCACGGCAAACUCUAGGGAACUUAUCAAUUGUCCUGAGGGAAGUAGAUAAUAUUCCAGCUUGUGUGCCUAGUGUUGAGUCACUGAGAAACAUUCUGCUGAGAGCUCAAGAAUGGCUACAAAAAGUGGAAUCAUUGCAGAAUGGGACUAAAGUUCCUGUUAUGAACACUUUGGUGGAUUUAGUGACUCAAGGUCAAACUAUUCCUGUUCAUCUUGAGCCAUUGUCGAAGCUUGAAGCACUGGUGGAUGAAGUACACACCUGGAAGGAAUCUGCUACUAGUGCCUUCCUAAUGCCAAGUUACCCAUAUUCUCUGCUAGAGGUGCUCUGCCCUCGAACUGAUUUUAGAUCUUUGUGUUUGAAAAGAAUAAAUAGGAAGAUAAAAGCUAUGUUAGCUGUUGGAGGAAAAAAUAAAUACUUCAAACCUGAUGGUCUGAAGGAGCUGGAACAAGCACUGAGUGAAAGCAGCGAUACUUGCUCUGCAAUGGCAAUCUUAAGUGAGGCUCGAUUACAUGAGAUGGAAUCUUUGAAUGCAUUGCGGAUUUCUAAUGAGAGCAUAUGCUGUAAGCAACAAAAUGAUUGGAAGAUAUGUGUAUGCCAAGGGAUGCCUUUUGCCCCUGUGAUACAGUGUGAGUUAUGCCGUGCCCGUUUCCAUCCUAAAUGCGUUAAAGCCCCGCAACCUGGGCCAAAGGUGUGGCUGUGCCCACAUUGCCUCCGCUCUAAAAAACCUCCAUUGGAGAAAAUUCUGCCUCUUAUGGCAUCUCUCCAACGGCUGCGUGUGCGACUGCCAGAAGGAGAUGCCCUGCGUUAUUUAAUUGAAAGGACAGUCAACUGGCAACAUCGGGCACAGCAAAUGCUAUCAUCUGGGAUUUGGAAACAAGUGCAAAAAAAGAUCAGCUUGAGUCGAUUGCACACCCCAUGGCAGGCCACCGCCAAGCCUCUAGAAGAAGCCAGUAACGUAUCACAGUGUAUUGGAGUCACUUCUAUUUCUCUACCUCAUGAGUCGCACCACGGCACCAUUUAUUUCCAGUCUUCCUUUGCUCCAGGACACAGCUGCAUUGCACUGAACAAUUUUAGUGCAGAGUUAAAUGAGUUGCUGAUGGAAGCUCAACUUCUACAAGUGUCGCUUCCUGAAAUCCAGGAGUUGUAUCAAGCCAUUGUUGUCCCAGAGUUCAUCUGCUCUACCUCAGGGGUUGGAUGUGAGGAAGGAAACAUAAAUCAACAAGAAACAGACAGGACCUCUGUAAGUUCUGGGGCUCUGAGUUGCAUACAGAAGGAUAGAUCUUAUCGGAGGUUGAAGAGAUGCCAUGAGGGAACAGAGGUCAGAAUGAAAAAAAUAUCUUGUUACCGCAAAAGAGGGAUGAUCUCACUGCCAUCCAUAGACUUGUGCUGCCAUGAGCAACUACCGGACGAAAUCCGAAUCAGUGACUUUGCCCAUGAGUCUGAUGAUGACAGUGCUGUGUGUCCUGCAGAUUGUUGUAUUGAACCAGAAGGAGAUGAGGUUGACUGGGUACAAUGUGAUGGAAGCUGUAAUCGCUGGUUCCACCAGGUGUGCGUUGGACUCUCUGCAGAAACAGCCGAGAAAGAGGAUUACAUGUGUACUCGCUGCAAUGAGGAGAGAGCUGCAGCAUAACUAUAAAAGCAGAUUACUUGCUUCUUGGCGGAACAAAGAUAUUUAAAUGAGUUUUAGAAUUCCUUUUAUUUCCUUUAUAAUAUUGGGUUUCUUUAUGGUGCUUUUAGCACCUCCAACGCUUCCACAGAAUAUGGAAUCCACAAUGAAGAAAUUACAAAAAUUUAAAUAUAAUUUCUCUGGCAGAUUCUCUACCACCAAUCAUUUGUCAUUUGGACAUGUAUUGAUUAACACAACUCAAGGUUUAUAUGGUGUGGGAGAUUAGUUAAUGGAGGGUACAUUAAGUUAAAAACAUUAAAAUAUAUAGAGUUGAUAAGAUCCAGAUUCCCCCUCUCAAAAAGCAUCCUUCUUUACUUUCCAGUAGGGCAAUUUUUAUAUGAGCAAUAACUUUCUAAUUCAUAAUAUUUAAAAAAAAAAUAAAUGCCCUCUUCAACAGGAUUUCUGUACAGAUAUAUUUGCAUAGGUGCUUAGCACAAAAAUUGGGCUGUGUAUCAGCUUUCCUUCAAUGGCUGAUUGGUUCGGUUUUUUUGUUGUUUUUCUUGAAUCAUAUUUUAAACUUUCCAUUGUGGAAUAAAAACAUAAUGAAAAUGAAAGACCUAAGUUGCAGAGCUAUUAUGUGAACUUGUGAAUGUAAUGCUUGUAGAGGUAUUUCGGUUGUGUGGAAUUCGAAAAAGAUUAAAUCAAACCUACCGGCAAUACAGAACGCAUCCUCAUCCACCAAUAUUCAUUUGAAUUGCCAAGAAUAACCACCUGCCGCCGCCACCAAUGGUGGCUUUGUUACCAGGAGCCUCCCCAUGUAAUUGUAUCCCAUUGUAUCCCGUUAUCAAUCUUAACUAGCACAUUUUAUCCAAUGUGAAAAAUUAGUGCAUAUAUUUUAUGGAGCAAAUAAAUGCAAUUUUCUUCAAAAUAG